CCAUCGGUGAUUGCAGUUGUCGCGCUUCACCUGAUUUAACCCUAUUCUGAACCAGUUGAUGGUCGAAGGCGUCUUGCGCAGUCGUGAGGCAGUGUUGUUGUGAUUGUGACUCACUUGUGGGAGGGAGGGGGACACCUUAUAGUUCGAGAAAACGGCAACCGAGAGUGUAGUGUAACACUUGUUUCCACCUUUUUCCCGGCCUAUCAAAAUGGACAUCUGCCGGCUUUGUAUGGAGGCCAGUAACCUCAACCAAUCGAUGGCUGAUGAAACCGUCCAGGUAAUGGUGGAAGACUGCAUUCAAAUCAAGUUGGACAUUCCGAACGAACUGCUCCCGUUGGACAUUUGCGACGAUUGCUACUACAAGGUGAAGGAUUUCUCCGAAUUUAAGGAAAAUUGUCACACCAUACAGGAGAUGCUACAGCAGGAGAUUGAGGAAAAUCGGCGCGAGCAGGACGAAAGUAGUAGUUCGGGUUUCAGCUUGUUCGGAGAUGACCUACAGUACUCGGAUUUCAUCGACGACGGUUUACUAUUCGGUGAUAUAUCGACGGACGAUUUGUUGAGUGACUUACAAAACAGUUGCAACAGUAGUUGCAGUAACGAUCUUGCCAAUAUCGCUAAUGAGAUUUUCAAUGAUAGCAAUAAUAAUAUCGAUAACAAUAAUAGUAAUAACGAUAAAGACCAACAACAAGAAAACGACAAGACUGAAACGGAGCUUGCAGAGACGACGACUAGUAUCGAGAAUAAGAAACGCACGAGUAAACGAUGUUAUAGGAAUGAAUACACAGCGGCUCUGUUGACGUGUGAAAUUUGCGGAAAAAUGAUUCACAAGACUUUACUCCCGGGUCACUUGAAUAUGCACAAAGGUAUCAAACCAUAUGUCUGCCCCAAGGAAGGAUGCAAGUCGACAUUCCACUGCAAGCACAAACUUAAACGGCAUCUAGGAUACAAGCAUACGGAUGGGAAUUUCCCUUGCAAGAAAUGCGACAAAGUCUUCAAUUCAAAUCUGGCGCUAUAUCAUCACACGUUCGCAUCCCAUCAACUGAGGGACAAGGUCUGUCAGGAAUGUUAUAAAACAUUUCGGACAUCACACGGCCUGAACAGGCACAUGCAGACACACGCGCAGGAGAAAUUCAAAUGUGCCCACUGUCCGAUGACUUUCGUGAAACAUUCAGUACUCGAAAGCCACAUUCGAUUGCAUACUAAGGAACGACCGUAUGUAUGCGCGAAAUGUAACGCCGACUACAGUUACCGGAGACUGUUAAUCAAUCACAUAAAGCGAAAGCAUCCCGGCUCGGAGGCUAUAUUGCAAGAGAUUGAAUGUACUACCUAAAGGCCGGAUAUUCGAUUGAUUAAAACGCAUUUUGUUAUAUUGUUUGACAUCGGUGAUUCAGUGUUCGUUGAUAGAUGUAUCACACCCAUCAAUAGAAACGACAUUUCAGUUUGAACAAAAUUCAAUUCUUUAUUCAACACAAAUACAUUGAUGUUACACUUAGAUGC